CCGGAGAGGCGCCGCAGAUCCGCCGCCGUCGCCGCACCAUGGCCGAGCCAGAGGGCGCCGUGCAGUGCCGCCUGCAGUACCUGGAGGACGCGGACCCCUUCUGCUGCGCCGCCUUCCCCGAGCCGCGCCGCCCGCCCAGCUCGCCCGUAGCCGAGGCGCUGCCGCUGGCCGCCCAAGUGCCCGCCUUCCUCCGCCUGCUGGGCGCGCCGCUGCGGCUGGAGGACUGCGCCUUGCAAGUGCUGCCUUCCGGAUACUACUUGGACCUGGAACUUUCGCUGCUGGAGCAGAAGGACGAUCUGGAAGCAUUCUAUGAAGACAUCAGCAAAGGGAGGCGGCCAAUCCUGCUCCUGCGCACGCAGCUCUCGGUCCGAGUGCAUGCCAUCAUCGAGAAGCUGUACCGUUCCAAGGGUCCGGAGCUGAGGCGUUCCCUCUUCUCCCUCAAGCAGCUUUUCCAGGAUGACAAGGACCUGGUGCCCGAGUUUGUGAACUCCGAAGGGCUGACGUGUCUUGUCUCAGUGGGAGCCGAAGCUGACCAGAACUACCAGAACUACAUCUUGCGAGCUCUCAGCCAGAUCAUGCUGUUUGUGGACGGAAUGAUGGGGGUGAUCCAGCACCCGGAGACGGUGCGGUGGCUCUACACCCUGACGGGCAGCCUGUACCGCCUGGUGGUGAAGACGGCCCUGAAGCUGCUCCUGGUCUUUGUGGAGUUCACCGAGUCCAAUGCCCAGCUGCUGAUCCAGGCUGUGGGGACUGUAGAGCAGGUCAGAGGUGGCUUUCCGUGGUCUCGUCUUGUGGCCAUCCUGGAGCAGAAGAGCGGGGCUGACACUGAGCUCCAGGUGUUUGCAAUGACACUCAUCAACAAGACGUUGGCUGCCCUCCCUGACCAAGACUCCUUCUACGACAUGACAGAUUGUCUGGAACAGCAGGGCAUGGAGCGGCUCGUCCAGACACACCUGGCCAGCAAGGGCAUGGACCCGGACCUGAGGCAGCAACUUGCCCUCUAUGAGAAUGCCCUGAAGGAGGAGGAUGGGGCAGAAGAGCCUCUGCUGGGCACCCGUGCCAAGGAGCGGCGGAGAGGGGACGAGGGCCGGCAGGGGGUCCGGCGCUCCUUCCUCAGUGCUGUGGGCCAGGAGGAGGACAGAGAUGUCCCUGCUGCUGCAGAUGCCUUUCCCAGCCCUUCGCAGACUCCGGGCCUGGAGGGAGAGAGCUGUGAGCAGCCGCCCAGCUCGAAGGGCUCCUACAGCAACACCUCCUGCAUGCAACUCUCUGCGCCGCUGGCCCCCGUGGAAGGAGAGCAGCUGGCUGGCCUGGGCGAGAGGAGCAUUUUCAAAGCCCGUUUUUUAGAAAACCUGGCUGCCUCUCAGAAAGAGAAGAUCAGUGCCAUCACCCGUGGGCGAGCAGAAGUUCUUGCUGAAGCUGUUUCAAGCACUGAGCAAGUGGCCCCAGUGCCCCUUUCUGCCACAGGGAGGCAGAGUGAAGGAGAAAACGGAAACACCAACUGGAAAGAGCCCAGCUCAGAGCCUGGUUUGGAUCACGAGGAGAGCAGGGAGAACGUGUCCCCCAAGGAUGCCUCUCUAAGCCACCUCUUUGACACCUCCUGCAUCUUGGGCCCAGACCCAGAAUGUGCCCCGGGUGGCAUUAGUGGGGCUCUUGAGAGCAGCAAUGCUUCUGUGAAGAGAAAACUGAUGCUUGACAUUCUGUUCGCUAAUAAGAGCCUGCCAGGCACGGAGAGGACGCUGCUCACAGAUCAAUGCAUGGAAGAAACGAGGAAGAUGGGGCACCAGGAAGAGGAGAGCCAGGAGAAGAUGGGGCAACAGACAGAAUCUUGGGCCCUCCCCUUGCAAAGCCAGUUCAGUGUUGAAGCUGAAAUCAGUCUGAAGAAUCUGGACAGGGCCCAGGUAAUGAGAAGUCCACUGGUGCUUGGUUCUCAACCUCUGAAGAUCCAGGAUCUGGACUUCUCAGACCUGUGUGAGGAGGAAGAUUUUGACGUACAAGAAGCAAAGGUGGCCAAGACGGCCUUGCCCCACAUGGCUUUCGGGGCAGGUGAGGACCCGGCUCCUCCUCUGAUUCCCGGUUGUGCUCCACCUCCUCCGGCUCCUCCUCCCCCAGCUGGCAUACCUAGUCCACCACCUCCCCCUCCAUUUGGCAGCCCCCUUCUUGUUGGAGAAGCCAGCUCCCCUGCCAAGAAAAAGAAGACCGUCAAGCUCUUCUGGAGGGAGCUGAAAGACAUAGAUGGCCCUGCCUGGAAAAGUCGGUUUGGGCAAGUUACUCUGUGGGCAUCCCUGGAGAAGGUCAAGGUUGACUCCGCUAAGCUGGAACAUCUCUUUGAGUCCAGGGCAAAGGAGGCUCCGAGUUCCAAGAAAGCUGUGGACGGAAGGAAGCUGAUUGUGAUCCUGGAUCCCAAGAGGAGCAAUGCCAUCAAUAUUGGCUUGACAGUGUUGCCUCCCAUCCAUGUCAUCAAGACAGCCAUUCUCAACUUUGAUGAGUUUGCAAUCAAUAAGGAAGGGAUUGAGAAAAUAUUGACAAUGGUUCCCACGGAGGAGGAGAAGCAGAAGAUCCAGGAGGCCCAACUGGCAAACCCAAAUCUCCCUCUGGGGUCAGCUGAGCAAUUCCUGCUCACGCUCUCCUCCAUCACAGAGCUCCCUGCUCGCCUCCAGUUGUGGGCUUUCAAGUUGGACUACGAAGCCCUGGAGAAGGAAAUUGUAGAGCCUCUGUUCGAUCUGAAGCUGGGCAUGGAGCAACUAGCCAAAAAUCAGACCUUCAGGUGUAUUCUGGCCACCCUUCUAGCCAUGGGCAAUCUUCUGAACGGCUCCCAGAGUCGAGGGUUUGAGCUCAGCUACUUGGCCAAAGUGUCGGAGGUAAAAGACACCGUCCACCGGCAGAGCCUCCUGCACCACCUGUGCCACUUUGUGGUGGUGGAGUUCCCAGCCACCACAGACCUCUACUCGGAGAUCGCUGCCCUCACUCGCUGUGCCAAGGUGGAUUUUGAGGAGCUGGCAGAAAGUCUCCUGCAGCUGGAGCAGCGGUGCAAAGCCUCCUGGGAGCACCUGAAGGCCAUCGCAAAACACGAGUGCAAGCCAGCACUCAAGAGCAAGCUGCUGGAUUUUCUGCAGGCCAGCACAGAGAAGAUGGGUCUCCUUAAGAUCGUCCACCGGCGGGUGUUGAACAGGUUCCGCGCCUUUCUCCUGUUCCUGGGUUACGACGCACACUCGGCGCAGAACAUGAGGGUUACCAGCUUCUGCCGGCUCCUGCGGGAAUUUGCCCUGGAGUACCACACGUGCCGAGAGCGUGUCCUGCAGCAACAAAAGAAGCGGGCAGCCUGUCGGGAGAGGAACAAGACACGGGGCAGGAUGAUUACUGAGAUGGAGAAGUUUGCUGCAGCUAGCAAGACCGAAGACAUCUGUGCCCCUCAUGCUGUGCUAUCAGCCAGUCCAGAGCAGAAGGACGAAGCCAGCCAUAAAGACAUGACCAGUUUGCUUGUCUCCCCAGCAGAAGGCCCUGGCCACCGCUCUCGCACCAGCAGAGGUGCUGGGAAGCAGAGUCCCGCCGGAGGGUCCACCCCCCAGGAGGAAGCUGCUGGCUCUCUCGAGGAUGCUUCUGAGGAGAUCAUGAACCGCCUGGUCAAGUCCGUGACCCAGAGGUCUCCUGCACGCUCAGGCCCGGCCAAAGAACGCCGGCGAUCACGUGGGAACAGGAAGUCCUUGAGGCGGACCCUGAAGAGCGGCCUGAGUGAGGAGCUGGUGCAGGCUCUGGGCCUGGCACAGUCAGCCAGCGUGGCCGUGUGAGGAGCCCCCCAAGGCUGUGCCUGAGCUGGAAGAGGCAGGAGGGGGAACUGGAGAGGCUUUUCCCUUUGGGAGGUUGUCUCCCUUCGCCGAGAGGGGCGGGGAGGGGUCCUGCUUGGCCCCUUCUGCCUUGAGGAGCAAGCUUUGCUUGGCCAGAGUGUUGGCCUGUGUGCUUGUGUGGCUGCUCCCGCUCAGGGCUGGGGAGUUGAGGCCUCUGUUUCGGGGGGGGGGGUGGCUGCUGUCCCCCCCACCCCCCGCCCAUGUCCUGCAAUGGGGAAGGGCAGGCUUAAUGGAGAACAGGCCAAAGGAACAGCUCUCCCUGCCCAGCCCCUCUCUGCCGCCGCUGCCUCCAUCCAAGGACGAGCCUCCGAGGCCUGCUUGGCCCUUCCUGGAAUUCAGUGUUAGAAACGAGAAGUAAAAGCUGUUCUUGCGAAUCUGGCCAAGCAGCCGUGUUCCUCUUUUCCUAUCUCGUCUGUUACGUUUUCAGUUGCUGUUCAUUAAGUGCUUUGAAAACUGAGCUGUGUGGAAUUCCUCCCCCCUACCCAGAACAGAAACUGAUUGUUGGCUAGCCCCCCCCAACCCCCUCCCCCCCUCCACCUUCUUCCCCAACAGCAUUUCUCUCGCCCUCCCUCCACAUCUGAGCUUUGGGGCCCAGCAGCCCCUGAGCAGAGUCCAGAGAAGAAGAGGCAGCAAGAGCUGAAGGGGGCUUUGCCUGCUGCUGGGGGCCCCUUUCUCCGGUGGUCUUUAGGGUACCUCAGGCCAGGCAGAGGAGCCAAUGCAGCACAGACUCUGCUCUGCCACAGGUUCUGCCUGGCCCAAGUCUCCAGAGCCAUUGGCCUUUUGGAGAGGUUCAGAAAGAGAGAUUCUCCACACCACACAUACGGCUCCUUGGGUGGAAAGAGGAGUGGAAAGCAGUCAAAGAAAAUAAAAAAGAUGGGAUGGGAAAGGUUCCCCCUCCCCUCCCUCCCUUUUUACUCCUCUUGUUCUUGGUCUGGGCUGGCUGCCUUUUGUUCUUCAAACUUCUCAUGUUCUGUUUCUGAAAACUCUCAAUGAAAUACCACUUUCUGCCUCUUUCUCCUGACGUGUUCUCCCUUCACAUGUUGGUUUCGCAACUGGAUUCUCAUGUGGUUCUCUCUGGGUGACCAAAGCGCCCCUAUUGUGCUGGGGCUUCCUCCAUAUUCGGUCUGCAUUCGUCCCGCCUUCAGUCUGCAAUCUCUUCUGCAUGCACACACACACACUUUGAAGGACUCAUUCCAUCCCCAUUCAACAACAUCCUUUGUUAGCAAGGGAAGACAUUUCAUUAUAAAUUCAUUAUUUAUUUCUUAACUUUCACCUCCCUGUAGUAUAAUAAAGUGAGCAGAAGGACAGAUGGGUACGGAGCCAUUUUUGCACCUUCUGGCCAGUGUUCCUCCUGCUGCUCACCGUCUUUGCCAAGAUCUCGGGUCUCAACUCCUCCAUCUGUCUUCCUGUCUUCAGUAAACGUCCUUCAGGGAUAUACACAUUCAUCUUGUUUUUCACCAUUUAUGUAGAAAUUGUUCAUUCCUUUCUAUUAAAUAAAGCUACCUUGGUUGUUAAAAUUA